UGCGUACGGAAGUGUCUCCUCGCGCCGUUUGCUUUAACAACCCUUUUUUUGGGGUCUAUAUUGAGUCGCGAGACACACACACACACGCAGCAUCGCAAUCGCAACCGGCAGAAGGUGGACCUCAUAAUAUCGCCGGACGAACUUCGAAAUUCCCACCCCCUCCCCCGAGGAAACAUUGUGCAAAAUUGUUUGUGGAGAAAAUUGUUGCAUUUCUCGAGCGCCCGGUUAUGCUCUCUCCCACUCUCUGCUGCUUCUCUUCAAAAUAAUUGCAUGUCGUGUGUCACCUGCGUGUCCUUGAAUCUGAGUUUCCAGCAACAGCCGCCGCGUUGACCAGCUGAGCAAAGUAGACGAGGAAGCAGCAGUGGCUUUUAGUGCGUUAUCACUCGCGUGCGUUUGUGUGUUUGUGCAAAAGCAUAAGUAAUCUUCGCGGGCUCGUUCUCAUUCGCAAUUGUUUCGAGCGAAUCGUAGUGAUUUAUAGGUGUGUGUGCGUAGAGUGGUAGUGUUGUGUCCCGGUGGUCAGCCAGCAACAACAGCCGAAACCGAAACCAACUGCAGCUAGUACGAUGGAUGGGGAUAGUGUGCAGUCGAUGAGCGACUUUAAACAACAAGUGGCCGCCGUUCCGGCAUACGGCUUAAAGCUCAAGUUCAACCAUGUCUUCAGCGACACCCGCAACCAGAACCUGCGCCCAUCGAUCCGCCAACUGCUGCCGAUGGUUCCGAUGGCCCUUCGCUACAUCCCCUACUACUGGAAGGUAUCGCGGGAAGGACGCCAGGUGCUGAUGGACUACCUGUACACGGAAAACGCGAAGCAGAUCUAUGGUGCACCGCUCGGUGGCAUCGGGGCCGGUACGAUUGGACGCGGGUUCGCGGGUGAGUUCUGCCGCUAUCAGCUCCGACCCGGUGUGUACGAGUACAACACCGUACACGCGAAUCAGUUCAUCGUGACCAUUAAGGAUGAGACUGGCGCCACUAUAUUCCAGAGCCUGCUGUCGACCUACAGCCACCGGACUAACGAUCAUGCUUCGAAUCGUUCCACAAAAUCAUCGCGCCGUACUUCCAGCCGCCCGAAGACGCCGCUAGGAAGCUGGGAAAGCGCACUAGAUGCAUCACGGUGUAGCUACACGGCGCUGUAUCCGCGCGCCUGGUCCGAGUACGAUCUUAGCGAGUACGGUGUGCGGUUAGUGCAGCGGCAGAUCUCGCCGAUCAUACCGCAUGACUACAAGGAGAGCUCGAUGCCGUGUGCCGUGUUCGUGUGGACGGUUGAGAAUGUGUGCGAUCGGGAUCGGCAGGUGACGAUCACGUUUACGUUCAAGAAUGGUACCGGCACCAAAAAGCAGGAUGCGGAGGGAGGCAGCGAAACCGGGGCAUUCACGCAGGGAUCGGCCCGCGGUGUUAGCAUCCGGCAGACGAUCGCCGACAUGGCAUGUACGUACUGUCUAAGCUGCCGCAGCUCCUCGGAGAUCAACCUGACGCGCUGCGAGAGGUUCGAUCCGAGCGGAACCGGUGAGAAGCUGUGGAACGAUCUGAAGGAACACGGACACCUAACAGAGCAGUCCGUAGACGAGACGGUGAAAACCAAAGAUGUAGCAGUUGCGGUGAGUGGCCAGAUACUGGUACAACCGGGCACAACGUCCGAGCUGCAGUUUGCACUCGUAUGGGACAUGCCAAAGGUACACUUCCAGAAGCGUGGCAAAGAGUAUCAUCGCUACUACACGAAGUACUUCGGAAAGACGGGCGAUGCGGGUCCGACCAUGUCGGACUAUGCGCUCACCAACUACGGCAAGUGGGAGCGACUGAUUGACGAGUGGCAGCGUCCAAUUCUGGACGACGCUGACCUUCCCGAUUGGUAUAAGAGUGCCAUCUUCAACGAGCUGUACUUUAUUGCCGAUGGUGGUAGCGUUUGGUUGACGAUGGAGGACUCCGAUCUGCCGUAUGAUGAUCCGCGGCUUGCCUACGGCCGCUAUUCGUAUCUGGAAGGCCACGAGUACCGCAUGUACACGACGUACGAUGUACACUUUUACGCUUCGCAUGCCCUCGCCAGUUUAUGGCCUAAUCUACAGGUAAGCAUUCAAUAUGACUACAAGGAUAGCAUAGGGCGUGAGAUCAGCGAGGGACGGAAGCAUCUGUACGAUGGGAAGGUCAUUCCGAGAAAGAUUCAAAACUCGGUUCCACACGAUCUCGGUGAUCCGGCUGAAGAACCGUUCGAUCUGAUCAACGCCUACCCGAUCCAUGACGUGUCCGAGUGGCGCGAUCUGAACAUCAAGUUCAUCCUGCAGGUGUACCGGGAUUACUAUACGCUCAAUCACUACGCCCAGCUGAAUGCGGAAAAUGCGAGCAAGUUCAGCUCGAUCGAGUUCAUCGACAAGGAGAGCAUGUACGAUACGUACAUUCAGGACAACCGACACAGGGUAUCGACACCGCCCGCUACUAAUGGUACCGAAAACAAGGCGGCCAACCGCAAAUCGGCUUCCAUGUACAUCAACGAAGCGAACGGUAAGGUGUAUCUGAUGGACGCGAUGACGUAUCUGAAGGCGAUGUAUCCCGCCUGUAAGCUGGUGCUUGAGCGUUCCCGCGAGUGGGACAAGGAUGAUGAUGGACUGAUUGAGAAUAGCCGAUCACCCGAUCAAACCUACGAUAGCUGGGUGAUGGAUGGACCGAGCGCCUACUGCGGUGGUCUGUGGCUUGCCAGUCUGCACUGCAUGGCGACCAUGGCUAGCCUGCUAGAUCAGACGGAAGACGCCGCUAACUACCAAGCGAUCCUUGACAAGGGAAGGCGUUCGUUCGAGGAGAAGCUGUGGAAUGGAACGUACUACAAGUUCGAUGCGCAGAGUGCCUCGAAGAAUAGUAUCAUGUCGGAUCAGCUGUGUGGCCACUGGUAUCUGCGAGCCUGUGGCUUCGAUUAUGAUGUGUUCCCGAAAGAGAACGUCCGCUUAGCGAUGCGCACGAUCUACGAGAACAACGUGAUGCGCUUCUGCGGUGGUAAUCUCGGUGCGGUCAAUGGGUAUGUGCCGAAUGCGCAGCCGAACAAGGAAGGUCGCCCCGAUGUGUCCAACAUCCAGGGCGAGGAAGUGUGGACGGGUGUAACGUAUGCGUUGGCGGCCACUAUGAUCCACGAGGGAAUGUUCGAGGAAGCGUUCCAAACGGCUGGUGGUCUAUAUCGCUCGCUGUCGGAGAAGAUCGGUAUGAACUUCGAAACGCCGGAAGCAGUGUACGCCGAGCGACAUUAUCGCGCCAUCGGAUAUAUGCGUCCUUUAAGCAUAUGGUCUAUGCAGACGGCGUGGGAAUUGCGUAAACUGCGGCGUGAUUAGAGAGAACGAGUGUUUUUCUCGUGCGCUCGGAUUGAUAGCUUUUUUUCGUUUCGGUCAAUGAACAGACAAAAAAUGUUCGCUCAAAGCUUAGCCCAGAGCCUUUACCUAGGUACUACAGUAGUCUGUCGACGGAGGGUGCUAUUUGGAGAUCAAAAUUACAUUUAUUUUACUAGAAUUUUCAACAAACAAAGCUUAGCGAGAUGGAUUGUUUGCGUGUAGGGAUUUAAAAGUCCGUAGAGGGUAAAGUUAUGUCCUCCCUUUCUAGCAUCAGCAUUUACCAGAAUAUAGCAGAUCAGUUUUAGGAUUCUAGUCAUUAAGUUGCAUAUUAGUUUCUUCGAUCGUGCAGAAGAGAUCGCUAAAAUGCGGUGCCCAUACACGUUUUUCGGUUUUUUGUAUUCAUAUUUAUCAUGUAUCGCCAUCAAUUCAUUAGGUGUUUUAAUGUAACUGUCCUGGUACUGUUUUCACGAACUCUCACCUGAAUCUUACCCAUGACCUGAACGCGAAGGAUCUUGCAUCCUCAGUCUGUUUGUCGAUUACUCUUCGUCUCGUUUACGGGACGCAUAAUGAACGUUUCGCGGCUGUAAUGGAAGAUGAUGGCGCUAAACCCAUAAUCGUAGUGCUACCGGUAAUACAAGUGAAUGUAAACAUAUAUUUUUAUGGAUCAUUUUCGCGCAAACAGUAGGUGCAUAAUGUAUGUGUGUAGGGUGCUAAAAGAAAAACGACGCGACGCAACUCACUUAAGCUAGGUGCAACAUAGCGACGGAAAUCCAUUAUUAACGAAGUAGGCCAUUAUAAUCACCCAUUUAUCAGCUCGUCUCGGUGUAGCACUCGUGCGUGAAUGUUGUACAAACCCGCUGCGGUGGACGCUAUUGAAAUGUUAACGUGAAAUUGCCUAAUAAACUGUGGCUACAAACAAAAAACUCCCAUUUUUCUGAAAUUUCAAAAACUUCCGCCUUUUUUCCGGCCCUUUUGAGCGCGCGUUUAGCGGCUCGGGUUGGCGACUCGAAACUCACGCGGAAUUUCUCCUG